UUAUUAUCCAGGUACACCUUCGUGAUGUUUCAGAUGCCGUCGCACCUGAAACCGCCCUAGCAUCAUCACUGCUUGGCACGAAGCACCAUCGCGAAAACAACGUCGACAGGAGCAACAACAUAAUUUCUCCUUCAAAAUCCAAUUCAUCAUGGCUUUGGGGCAUAGACUCGUGGUGGCCGCUACUUCGGCGCUGAUACUCGUUAUACUUGCAUUGACCCUCAUUGCAUCGUUGGAGAUCCGCGCGCCUUUGAAGAAAAUCAAGCAAAUCGCAAUAGCGCAGGAGGCAAAACUAGGGCAAUGGGAGAACGAACUCAAAGCAAAAGGACUCGUGAACGGUACAGGAUUCGAUCGCGCGGACGUUAUUAGUGGAACGAUGACAGUUUCUCCGGGGAUGCCUACGACCUUGUACAUUUCAGUAACUGGAAGACCGACAACGACAUCAGCGACAGACGGCCAGGGCAUGAUCGGAGAGACACCAACGCCAGCACCACAACCAACUUAUACAAGCGUAGACGAAGGGAUGAUAGGGACCGAACCAACGCGCCAACCUCAACCAUCGCCACCACCUCCGCCGGCACCAGCACCCAACCCGCAGGUCCCAAUCCUGGCACUUUCGUACGCUGGAUCAGGAGGACCAAAACACUGUCGCGGCGACCUUCUCCAAAAGCUCACGAUUCCUCAACCCGCCUCCGACUGGAAAAACGGAACAUGCAUCGAUCUUCCACGAAUGGCACGUUGCGGUGUAUUCUACGCAGGAAAAGAGGCUGGCUGCGAAGCGCAACUGUUCAAUUCACCGGCCUGCUACAAGACCAACGAGACGUUCGUCAACACGGUGAUCUUUAUGCCUGAAGAGAGAACCGUUGGCGCUUACUGGCGUAGCAUGUGGAUUCGAUGUGGGGUGGAAGCACCAGAGGCCAAACUGCUCGAUCCGAGUAUUUUGAAUGGGCUACUGAAGAAACCUGGGAAUGGGUGAAGCGAUGGCUGGUCCACGAUGUCCACACGAUAAUGAUUUAUUUAUGAAACAGUUGGAAUGCGCUGGCUCUUCCGACACAGCCCCGAGGGGAUGAGACUUCGUCCCUGAAGAUCG